GAGAGAGAAAGAAAGAGAAACCCAGAGAGGAAACCAAACAAAAGUGAAUUCCUCCGUCAUUAUCUCUUCUUUCUUUCUUUCUCUCUCAACAAUUGGAACCCCAAAUUGCAGUUUCUUUACUGUCAUUUUUCUUCAUUUCUUUUUUCAUUGUAAUGGAAAUUAAUCGUGGGAGUGUUGUUUGAGUUUCGUUUUCAAGAAACCCAUUUGAGAAUUCUUGUUUUUCGUUUUCAUCAAUAAUGGGUUUCCGGCGGCACUCUGUUGAGUUACUGCUCGUUUUGUGGGUGGUGCUAUGGCCGUUUUGUAUUGGGAUUCGGUCUAUUGAAACGAGAUUGCCUGUCGGCGAGGGGGAUGGGUUUGGUGUUUAUGGGGCGUUACAGUUUGUUGAGGCGGCGCAGUAUCGGAACGGGAAGGAAUGUCCGGCGAAUAAGCAGUUUGCGUCGUUGUGUGAUCCUUCUUUUGUUCACAUCGCUAUGACACUGGAUUUGGAGUACCUCCGUGGCUCCAUCGCCGCCCUGAACUCCAUCAAUCACCAUGCAUCCUGCCCGGACAACAUCUUCUUCCAUUUCAUUGCGGCGGAGUUCGACCCGGCCAAUCCGCGGUUGCUGAACCAAAUAGUCCGAUCUACUUUCCCGUCGCUCAAAUUCAAAAUCUAUAUUUUCAGAGAAGACAAGGUGAUUAACCUCAUUUCUUCCUCAAUCCGGGAAGCACUGGAGAAUCCCCUGAAUUUCGCCAGAAUCUAUCUGGGAGACAUUCUGGACUCCUGCGUUGACCGUGUCAUCUACCUCGACUCCGACAUCCUCGUCGUCGACGACAUUCGCGUGCUCUGGAACACCAAAUUGACGAACUCCCGGGUCAUCGGCGCACCGGAGUACUGCCACGCCAAUUUCACCAAUUAUUUCACCCCUGCAUUCUGGUCGGACCCGGUUUUAGCCCGGGUAUUCAAAUCCAGAAACCCCUGUUACUUCAACACCGGCGUUAUGGUGAUGGAUUUGGAGCGGUGGAGAGAGGGAAACUACAAGAAGAUGAUUGAGAACUGGAUGGAGGUUCAAAAGAAACGGAGGAUUUACGAGCUGGGUUCUCUCCCUCCGUUUUUACUAGUGUUUGCCGGCAAUGUGAAGCCGAUUCACCACCGGUGGAAUCAGCACGGCCUUGGUGGCGACAAUGUAAAGGGUUCCUGCAGGCCUCUCCACGCAGGCCCCGUAAGUCUUCUCCACUGGAGUGGGAAAGGGAAGCCAUGGUCAAGGCUCGAUUCCGGUAAACCAUGUCCAAUCGACGGUGUUUGGUCAUCUUUCGAUCUUUUCAACGGCCGGUCACCGGCUGCUGCUCCGUCGAUGGGGUAUUCCAGCUUCUUGUAGUUGUAAACCACGAUAAAUGAUGAUUCUUUACCGUUUCCAUUUUCCCAUUUUUGAUUUUUUUUAUAUUAUUAAAAAAGAUCAUUCUUUGAUAGCUCCGUACAUAUGAACUGUGAGAUUGGAAAAAAAAUUUUAAUUUGUGUUUUAGAUACUUAAAAGAUCAAUUUCUGUUAUUGUUGUUGUUCCUAUUGUUGCAACAAUUUUGAUAAUGUAAUUUGAAUGUGAGAAGGAGAAUAACAUGUUGUUGUUCUG